UAGUGGUCUAAAAGCGAAAAAGUAUACCACAAAAGGCAGCCACGAGGGCGAACAACAACAGUACACACAUUACACGUUCUUUAACAAUCUUUCCGCGCUCACACUUCCCCGGAUGUACGCUUUUACAUAUACAACCGCUGUCCUAGCUUACUACAAGACUAUUGGCAUGGGGCAAUUUCAGACAGGUGGUUGCCUGACUCGCCGUCAAUGUACUAGCUGUAUACUGUUUCGAGCCGACGGGUGCUCAUACAAAAAAACUAAAAAUGUUAGCCGAUACGUUUUGACUUGUCAAGCUUAAUGUCUUGUGUGCUUAUUUCAGCGAUGGAAAUAGAAUUAAAAUAAAAAGUAAAAUUUGAAUGGUUGAAAAAAAUAUUUGAAAAAUUCCCUUUUUCAAUGGUUCGGUAUCCGUUAAUCACUUUUAUUUUUCUUUUAACAUUACUGUAGGUCUACUGUGACAUGACAACAGACGGUAAAGGUUGGACUCUUAUUGCCCGAUUCUCAAAUUAUGAUGUCAAGAACUGGAUGGCUGAUACCGGAUAUUGGUGGUACGACAAGAAAGUUGCCACGGGAAAGACAAAUAGUCCCUUCGCAAACGCUGAUAUGAUCUCACCAGCAUUUUGGUUGAUCGGAGGAAGCGAAUUUAAGAUCACGCGCAGUGACGACUCCAGCCACACCCCUCUGUUACAGACCACAGGUAACUGUUUGGGUGGAAAAACAUUUCGCUAUAAAAUCACAAGUUAUGGCGACUUUAGAAAUGGUAAAUCCUGGGCCAAGGAUCAGUGUCUGGGAAGUUGCACGGCUCAAUAUGGCGGACAGUACAAGUCAACACAGGGGUUUAAACAGGCUGAGUGCAGUGGAAACAUCCAAAGCUCCCACAAGAUCGGCUUCUGGUGUGACUGGAGUACUGGUGAUGGAUCAGUGAUGAUGAUUGGUGGCGGAGGAAGUAGCUGUGAACGUGCUGAUCAUGGGAUUGGAAUCACAGAAACUGGCGAUGCUUCUUUUAUUGACUUGGGAGGCAGCGAGACUGAAUAUGACUUUGGUUAUGAUGCUAACAGAGGAAACGCUCCAUCACAGUCCUAUUCGUUCAACUUAUGGAUCCGUUGAAAAUAGUCAGCUCUUCAUUUUUGAAACUUAGUUUAGAGCUGAAGAACUUUUUAGAGGAUGAAUUUAUUCAUUUCACGUCACAUUGUAGUUCAAGUUAGAUGCAACGCUUUAAUCUUUAAACAUCCUAUGAUAUGUAUAAGCAACAAAUUAAUUGCCAUAAUGAUUAGAACUCGUCGGGAAAAUCCAAUUUAGUAGAAUUUAUCCAUCUUUUCAAGGAAAUGUGAAGUAUUCAUUGAUCAUUGUUUAAUGAUGUCCGAUAUUAAAUAUGCAAGAUAUGUUUCAUGUUUUAAUCAGUUAUUUCAUCAAGAAAUUUCUGAAGCUAUAUCGAGCACUACAUGUUUUAUUAAAUUGGCAGAAACAAUUAAGAGCAGAUCCGUGCAAGAAUCUAACAAAGUCGCAAAUCCUCGGCAAAGCUGAAAAAAAUCAAAUUCACUCGUCUUUUGCAUAUAGAUAGCCUUUAUGAAUGCCACGUAGUUUUUUCAUUGAAAUACCAGGUAAUUCCUGAGCAAAACGAUGGAAGCCGUUUUCAACUUGAGCACAAUUUGGCGAUCCCAAACACGUGCAAACUAGGUUGAAAUCGGUGAUGAUUCACUUGACUCGCUUGUCAAAACUGCUGCGCUAGAAUAAGCUGUCAUAGAUCCAAUUUGUUGUAUAACUUGUCAUGGUCUAAACAUUAUGAUUCCAUAAACAUUAGAUUUAUUUGAGUAUUCAAGAGAAGUAAAGAAGUUCUGGUUCUCCCGUGCUUCGUAAAACGGUAGACGAAAAAUAACGAUAAUUCUGAGCGUGUGCCUUUGUUUAGA